GCGCAGACUGAGCAGACUCUGCCGCAGCGACUCAUCCUAUCGAUAAGGUUCAGUUAGCCAAGGUGGAGGAUGGGAAAAGAAUGGAACUGUCCCAGCUACUCAAUGAGAUCAGGGCAAACUAUGAAAAGAUCCUCACCAGAAAUCAGAUAGAGACGGUGCUCUCAACAAGGAUCCAGCUAGAAGAAGACAUAAGCAAAAAAAUGGACAAAGAUGAAGAGGCUUUGAAGGCAGCUCAAGCAGAACUCAAGGAGGCCCGACGCCAGUGGCACCACCUGCAAGUGGAAAUUGAAUCUCUCCAUGCUGUGGAAAGGGGCCUUGAAAACUCCCUACAUGCCAGCGAGCAGCAUUACCAGAUGCAGCUGCAAGACCUAGAGGCUGUGAUUGAAGGACUAGAAAAAGAGCUACAGGAAGUAAGGCGUGGCAUCGAAAAGCAGCUUCAAGAGCAUGAGAUGCUUCUCAACACGAAGAUGAGGCUGGAACAAGAAAUAGCAACUUAUCGCCGCCUCCUAGAAAAAGAAGAAAUCAGAUAUUAUGGUUGUAUCCAAGGUGAGAAAAAAGACAAAAAGCCUACCACAAGUAAAGUUGGUUUUGUUUUACCAUCAGCCAUUAUAAAUGAAAUAUCUUUUACUACAAAAGUCCCACAAAAGUAUGAGAAUGAAAAUGUAGAAACAGUGACCAAACAGGCAGUCUUAAAUGGGAGUAUCGUUAAGGAGAGCACUGAAGCUCAUGGCACUAUCCAGACAGAGAAAGUGGAUGAAGUUAUUAAAGAAUGGGAAGGUUCUUUCUUUAAAGAUAACCCUCGAUUGAGGAAAAAAUCUGUUUCUCUUCGAUUUGAUCUUCAUUUAGCAGCCACUGAUGAAGGGUGUUUACAGACUAAGCAGGAUAAUCUACCAGAUAUAGAAGUCAGGCUUAUCAUGAGAAGAUCAUGCAGUAUUCCCUCUAUCAAACCUCCAUCAACAGCUGAUUAAUCCAAAGAUAGUAUUUGACUUGAUUUGAAAAUGUUAGGAUGGACCAAGGUGGGCUAUACCAACUCCCUCUGUCCCAAAAUGUAAGUUAUUACAUAUGUGUGGAAAAUGUUAUGAUCAAUAUGUGGUUCUCUUCAGAAGAAAAAACCAGCAAAGGACAUUUCUCUGAAUCUAA